AUUCAUCUGAUAAAAAGCUAUCAGAAUUCAGAGCUCUAGAGAGAGAGAGAGAGAAAUGGACGCCGAACGGAGAGUUGGAGUGGCGGUGGAUUUCUCGGAGUGCAGCAGAAAAGCGCUGAAAUGGGCCAUCGACAACAUAAUCCGGAAGGGAGAUUAUCUUGUUCUUGUCACCGUUCGUCCCGACAGCGAUUAUGAAGACGGCGAGAUGCAGCUCUGGCAAACCACCGGAUCUCCGCUUAUUCCUCUGUCUGAGUUCUCCGAUCCUCUCACCACGAAGAAGUACGGACUUAAGCCUGAUGCUCAAACUAUGGACAUUGUGACGACUGCAACUGCGCAGAAGGAGAUCUCUGUGUUGCUUAAGAUUUAUUGGGGAGAUGCUCGUGAGAAGUUAUGUGAGGCAAUUGAUCACGUCCCUCUUACCUGCCUUGUCAUUGGAAACAGAGGCCUUGGCAAGAUUAAGAGGGCCAUAUUGGGGAGUGUCAGCAACUAUGUGGUGAACAAUGGAUCCUGUCCAGUAACUGUAGUGAAGAAGGCAGAUCAUGAGACCUAAUGAUCACCUCAUCAGCCCCAUAACACUCCCAAUUCCUAAAUCUACAUUUUCUCAUUAAAAUUUUCUGAUUGUAAGAUACUGAUUGUGUUUUGUGAAAUGGAAGCUAAUGUAUAUGUUGAUGGGUUUAGUUUCUGUGUUGUUUAAUUGUUUGUCAAAUAAUGGGAGCCUUUUAUGGGCUGUAAUGUAAUGGGAUAAUUUAGAGCUGUUUGGAAGUGUUCUUGCAAAUGAUCUUCUGUUUAUUUGAGAAUUUUGAAAAAUUAUAUUUAGUGGAAACAUGUUUAAUUA